AUGCCAGAUGGUACUCCAAGAUUUAUUUGUAAAGGUAAAGAAUUGAUUCAUUUCAUGGGUUGUUCCACUUUCUCCCAAUAUACUGUUGUUACUGAUAUCUCUGUUGUUGCUAUUAACGAUAAAGCUGAACUUGAUAAAGCUUGUUUGUUGGGUUGUGGUAUUACUACUGGUUAUGGUGCUGCUACCAUCACUGCCAAUGUUCAAAAAGGUGAUAAUGUUGCUGUUUUCGGUGGUGGUUGUGUUGGUUUAUCUGUCCUUCAAGGUUGUAAAGAAAGAGAAGCUGCUCAAAUCAUCUUGGUUGAUGUUAACAACAAGAAGAAAGAAUGGGGUGAAAAAUUCGGUGCCACUGCUUUUGUCAAUCCAUUGGAAUUACCAGAAGGUGUUACCAUUGUUGAUAAAUUGAUUGAAAUGACCGAUGGUGGUUGUGAUUUCACUUUCGAUUGUACUGGUAAUGUCGAUGUUAUGAGAAAUGCUUUGGAAGCCUGUCAUAAAGGUUGGGGUACUUCUGUUAUCAUUGGUGUUGCAGCUGCUGGUAAAGAAAUUUCUACUAGACCAUUCCAAUUGGUCACUGGUAGAGUCUGGAAAGGUGCUGCUUUUGGUGGUGUUAAAGGUAGAUCUCAAUUACCAGGAAUUGUUGAAGACUACAUGGAUGGUAAAUUAAAAGUUGAAGAAUUCAUUACUCACAGAAAACCAUUGGAAGAAAUCAAUGAAGCUUUUGAAGAUAUGCAUGCUGGUGAUUGUAUCAGAGCUGUUGUCAAUUUAUGGUGA